GCUCCAUUAUCCUAACCGCCAGUUUCGACUGGAAUCCUGGCUGUGGCGGGACCGUGUCUAUAGUCGACAACAUUAUAAAGACGUGUGUUGACCAGUCUGUCUUUACCCUGGUGAUCGUGUUGUAACGGAGCGUCUCAAUUUCUGGAAUCGUGUCGGCGAGAAGGGAUAGAACAAGCUAUGGGUUUCGACAGUUCAUUGCGUUUGGCCAUCAUGGCCAUCAUGUGCCUUGCACUUGCAACGCCAUCUCAGGGCUGCUGUGAUAUUCGCCAGGGUGUAAUGGAUCGCCCCAGGCUGUGUCCUGGCUUCAACGUCAACUUUGGCUCCGUUGCGGACAGCCGAAAGACAGCGGGAUUGGCUUGGUCAGUGGAUUACGGCGUGAAGCCAACAUGCAAGUCAGGCUACGCCGCAAUGGGGAAUGCUUCAUGUUUGGCCGACGGAUCCUGGUCUUUCCCGUCCGGUAUGGAUCAAGCGCAGUUCGUCUCGUCCGCUUGUUCCGUCCGAGUAACCUGCCCUGGUUUCAAGAUCAGUCAUGGCUCUGUGCCAGACUCCCGCAAGCCAGAUGCUAUGCCCUCUUCUACCAUAUACACUGUGAGGCCAACGUGCGAUUUAGGUUAUGAUGUGAGCCACAACGCUACUUGUUCAGGCGAUGGAUCUUGGUCUUACCCGGCUGGGAUGGACAAAGCAACGUUUAUGUCCACCGUUUGCUACGCCAGAGAUGAUCUGUACACUUCAGAUAUCGAUCUACAGGGUGUUUUAGUGUUUCUGUUUCCUGAGAUGAGUUAUUCCUGA